AUGUCCUGCUAUGAUUUGUGCUCCACCACCACUGGUGGCAUCAGCUGCCCCCAGCCCAUCGCUGACAGCUGCAACGAGCCCUGUGUCCGGCAGUGCCCUGACUCCACAGCCGUGAUCCAGCCACCUCCUGUUGUUGUCACCUUCCCUGGGCCCAUCCUCAGCUCCUUCCCCCAGCAAGCUGUGGUGGGAUCCUCUGGAGCGCCCGUUCUUGGGGGCUUUGGGGGCUCCUCCCUGGGCACUGGGGGUCUGUAUGGCUAUGGAGGCUCCUCUCUGGGCUAUGGGGGUCUGUAUGGGGGCCUUGGGAGCUAUGGGAGCUAUGGAAGCUCCUCUCUGGGCUAUGGGGGUCUGUAUGGGGGCUCCUCCCUGGGCUAUGGGGGCCUUUAUGGCUAUGGUAGGUCCUAUGGUUCUGGCUAUUGCAGCCCUUACUCCUACCGAUAUAGCAGAUAUCGUCGUGGCAGCUGCGGGCCCUGCUAA